UAAAGGCUCCAAAUUCUUUCUCCUCAAGCUCCAUCACUCCCUCCCAAAUCCCCAUUUUGCCUUCUCUUUGUCUCAUCCCAAUCGCCAGCGUAAACCGAUUGCUUUCUUCGCAAUCGACGCCUCUCACCGCCGCGUAAUCCGUCGUAAAUUGCUUCGGUAAAUGAGCAGUAUGUCCGUCGCCCUCCCGCUUUCCUCCAGGGAAGACGAGCCAUUUGUAGAUGCUAGAAUUAGUGCUGGUGAUGGAGACGCGUUAGCAAUUGGGAUGGAAGAAGGUACGAGAACUUCGACGAGUUCGAGCUGGAAUUCGAGGAAAAAGAACAGCAGAUUGAAAUGUUUCGGCGUCGAUCUGUCGCCGGACAAUGUGGCGGUUGCUAUGGUGUAUUUUGUUCAAGGCGUUUUAGGCCUUGCAAAGCUUGCUGUUAGCUUUUAUUUGAAAGAUGAUUUGCAUCUUGAUCCUGCUGAAACAGCUGUGAUAACUGGUUUUUCUGCACUACCGUGGCUUGUUAAGCCAUUGUAUGGGUUUAUUAGUGAUUCAAUCCCACUGUUUGGUUAUCGGAGAAGGUCAUACUUGGUUCUUUCGGGACUUCUUGGUGCUCUAUCAUGGAUUUUGAUGGCCACCUUUGUUGAUGGCAAGUAUGGUGCUGCAUUCUGCAUACUUCUUUCAUCUUUUUCUGUUGCCUUCUCUGAUGUUGUUGUAGAUUCCAUGGUUGUGGAAAGGGCACGUGGGGAGUCACAAAGCGUGUCGGGUUCUCUUCAGUCUCUAUGCUGGGGAUCUUCAGCAUUUGGUGGAAUUGUGAGUUCCUAUUUUAGUGGCUCUCUGGUGGAAGCUUAUGGUGUAAGGUUUGUUUUUGGUGUCACUGCAUUAUUACCACUGAUAACAUCUGCUGUUGCUGUUCUUGUAAAAGAACAGCGGGUGCUUGGCCCAGCAAGAGUGUCAAAUGUUCUUUUUGGAAACUCUAACUUUCUUGAAAGCUCAAAAGAGAACAUUAUUCAGUUGUGGACUGCAUUCAGACAGCCCCACGUAUUUCUUCCCACGGUUUUUAUUUUCUUGUGGCAGGCAACACCACACUCAGACUCUGCCAUGUUUUUCUUCACAACAAAUAAACUGGGUUUCACCCCGGAAUUUCUAGGCCGUGUCAAGCUUGUUACUUCUGUUGCAUCGCUGGUUGGAGUUGGACUGUAUAAUGGAUUCUUAAAAUACGUUCCAUUGCGGAAGAUUUUUCUUGUGACAACAAUUGCUGGUUCAGUUCUUGGAAUGACUCAAGUCUUUCUUGUCACUGGAUUGAACCGGCAGUUUGGAAUCAGUGAUGAGUGGUUUGCAGUUGGGGAUUCCUUGAUUCUAACCGUUCUUAGUCAGGCUUCUUUCAUGCCGGUUCUCGUACUUGCAGCAAAACUAUGUCCGGAAGGAAUGGAAGCAACACUAUUUGCAACUCUGAUGUCCAUAUCCAACGGAGGCAGUGUCCUUGGGGGUCUGAUAGGCGCCGGUCUGACCAAGGUAUUCGGUGUAACGAGGGACAAGUUCGAUAACUUAGCCGCCUUGAUAAUCCUCUGCAACCUCACCUCGUUGUUGCCUUUGCCACUACUUCGCCUUCUUCCUCGGGACGAUUCCGACACUGCUCCUAAGGUAAAAAUGUAGAUAGCGAGAUGAAAUCCAAUUGAACUUCGGGUUGUUUUCUUACCUACUCUACUAGUUUCGUCGGACACCUUUUCCUCCCCACAAUGUUGAAGCCAAAGCUCUUUAACCAUA